CCGUUCUCCUUCAUCUGUCUUAUUGAGUACCAUACUGACCACGGCACUUGGGCCCUAUCACGGCCUAAGAUCUACAAAGUGCAAUCUUUCUUUUACUUAGAUUCCCGUGGCGGAGCAGCCCCCCGACAUGUUUAAAUUAUAUGUUGGAAACUUGAGUCCAGGCGUGACUGAAGGAACGCUGCGUGGUCUGUUCGAAGAGGAAGGGGUCAUAGUCAGCAACGUGGUGCACAAGAAAAACUACGCUUUUGUCGAGUGUCCGGACCAAGCCAACGUGGACAGAGCAAUAGAUAGAUUGAAUGGUCACACAAUAGAUGGUUUAGCAAUGCAAGUAGAACCUCCGAUUUCAAAACGCAACCGUAAAAGCAGUAAAAUUCUACUCCGCAAUGUCACUCAACAGGCAGCUAAAGAAGAUUUGGAGAAAUUAGCCUCAAACUUUGGCAGUGUACAGAGAAUAGACCUAGGGGGAGAGGGAGUCGCAUACAUUACCUUUGAAAACGCUGACCAGGCUCAGAUGGCACUUACAAGGUUACAGAACUACGAUUUUAUGGGACGAACUUUAGAGGUGGAGUUUGCUCAGAGCCGCCCGUCUCGCCGGACCCGCCCGGUCGAUCACUACUCAGGGAUGAACAACGGGCGAAGUUUGGAGCUGCCUGUCAGGAUGUUGGUGCGCAGCGAGUUUAUUGGGGCCAUAAUCGGGAGAGACGGAAACACAAUACGUGCUAUUACACAGAACUCCAAAGCUAAAGUUGACAUACACCGAAGAGAAAACUACGGGGCAGUUGAAACAGUAACCACUAUACGAGGUAAUCAACCGGAACAUUGCACAGACGCUGUCAGGGAAAUCCUACAGGUAGUUCAACAGGAGGCUCAGGCGUUAAACAAAGGGGAAUUUCCAUUAAAGCUUUUAUGUCCAAACUUCUUAAUUGGUCGCAUUAUUGGUAAAGGAGGGAAAGUGAUAAAUUCUAUCAUGCAGCAGACGGAUACGCACAUUGUUGUCUCCAAUUCUGAUGAUUUCAGCUCCAGUGAUGUCCAGGAUGCGCGGUACAGCUCCAACGAGCCUCACAACUGGUACAUUGACCGGGUGAUCACCGUCACGGGACCCGUAGAAAAUUCUGCCAAGGCCGAGGCCAUGAUCAGUGAACGCAUGCGCAAAUUUUUCCAUGAAAACGAAAACCAACAAAAUCAGCAGAUGCAGAUGUUCUCUGGUUUUCCCCCUCUCCACAUGAUGCACGGGAUAGGGCCCGGCCCAGGCCCAAACUACCCUGGCUUCAGAGGAGGUCCCCCGGGAUACCCACCGUAUAUGCAGCAGCAACAACAGCAAGGGGGAGGUAACUGGGGAUUCCCCAAUAUGUUUUGUGGACCCCCUGCUCCACCACCACAGCAGGAAAUGGUAGAGGCCAGCUACCUGUAUAUUCCAGAGAACUCUGUGGGGGCAGUCAUCGGUGGCAAAGGGGCCAACGUGAGGAAUAUAAUGAGGUUGUCAAAUGCUAAAAUCAAGAUUGUCUCUUCAAAUGACAAAGAAGGAGAAACAAAUGGAGAGAGGAAGGGUCCGUACCGUAACAUGUCCUAUCGUAAAGUCAUCAUCACUGGCAACUCCAAUGCCCAGUGGCUGGCCCAGUUCUAUAUAUACGACAAGAUAAAGAGCGAUGGUUAUCUAGCCUCGGAUGACCACUGUAUUAAGUUGGAGAUUAAAGUACCUCAAAAAGUCAUAGGCCGCAUUAUUGGCAAGGGGGGACAAAAUUUGCGAGAGAUGAUGCGAGUAAGCGGUGCCAAGGUAGUGCUGGGCCAGAGUGAGGAGGAGAAUGAAGAGGAGGUACCAGUGCAGGUGAUCGGGGAGUUCCACUCCAUCCAGGCAGCCCAGUACCGUAUUCGCCAGCUGGUCAGCUCCUCUGUCCCGCCCCCACCCCAGCAGCCACCUUACCCGCGAAGACGCCCUGGGCCAGGGCCAGGCCGCGAACAAAAUGGCAACUAAAUCCUCUCGACUCUCCAUGUUUUUGACAAGAUCUUUCUCCCUGUCGGCUUAGAAUAACGAUAGACAGACAAACCAAAGAUUUUUGAAUUUUUAUUCUGAUUUCAGCUCCUCAAAACUUGUUUCGAAUUUUUUUUUUUUUCUCUUUCUCUCUUCCAGUGGUGCAUAGAUUGACCUAUUUGUAGCUGCUCUCAUUUUCUCUCUAUUUGUUCUCCCCCCUGUUUGGUCAGGAUGGACAUCUCCUGAACUAGCCAACAAGCUUAUUGGAGUAAGGCAUCAAAAUGGACCUGGUCCAUUCUAGGGGAGGGAAGGUGGGCAGGGUGGGUUUAUUGUGUGGGAUAGGGGGGUUGGGUGAGUCUAAAGUAUUAAUUGGGCUGUGAUGUGCCACUUGUUUUAUAUUUUUGUUGAAUUUUUUGGUGAGCAAGAAAGUCCUCUGAAUUUGCUCGAUUAUUAUGUUCAGAGUGGUUGAUGGCUCAAUGAUGAAGGGAGUUAAUUUAUGAGUGGUGCGUGGAAAUGAAACUACGAGUUGGAACAAAAGGUUUAACGUUACAUUUUAGAUAGAGCAUUGUUGACGUUGAGAUAUAUCCUGGUCUUUUUGUAAUAAAUGAAAAGUUUAUUUUUGAUACUUGUUGAGAAAGCUUUUUUGUUAGGAUUUUUAAGACCUGAGGACACAGUGGCAUUUUUGUGCCCUUACAAAAAAAAAAAAGAAGAAGAAACAACCAUCUGAAGUUUUCAACCUAUCCACCGUGUUCGAGAUAAAUCCACUGAGUUUGUGCGCAAGUCACUGGCUUGUGUUCUGUUGCCCUUGACAACUGCCAGACCCAAUACGACCAAAUCUGUUGACAAAACCUUCAGUAAACAGUACCCAGAUUUCCUGUCCGACAAGAACAGUGUGUGCAGGUCGUUUUCUUUUUUAUCUGCCAAUGGAUUUCAUUUGCGAACUUCCUAUUGGUUAAGGGGGUGAUGCCAAGAAACUAACCACAGCUUGAAUCGGCGAGGAUGGCAACAAUGACAACAAGAACAGCAACAACAAGGGCCUCGUAAUUUGACCUCUUUCUCUGCGCUACGAGGAACUUUACUGUUUGGUACCUGGAUGAAGAUAUAACUACUGGAUGAAUUCAGUUUGGUUGGGAAACCACUUAAAAGCUAUUUAAUACAAGUAUGAAUAAAUUUUCAGUACUACUAAAAACAGCGAAAAGUGAAGCUACAGCUAUUGUUACAUCUUGUACCUAAAAUGCUACUGUGUAACUGCUACAUGCACAACUACAAAUGAAGACCGGCUAAUCUCGUUCAAUUUUGCUGAUGUUAUUUUUU